AUGGUUCAAAGUUUGGAAGAUUUAAUAAUAGCGAUGUUUGAUUGUGCGGUGACACUGAGUAGUGGAGAAGAACCUCGGGAAAAUGUUGCAGACUCGCUGAGCAAAAUUGGAAUUGAGCAAUCUACGAUUUUUCUUUCUGCUGCAUAUACUUUCUUGAUGCAACAUAGUAAGCUCACGGGGCAGAAUCGAGCUUUUGUAUUAUCAACAGUAAAUCGAGUUCUUGAGCACAAUCAAGCACCAGAAGAUUUAGAUGAGCAGCAAGCGUUACUGAUAAUAAAUCUUGCCACACAAGAAAUGACGCUUUCUAAGGAAAGUGACGAUUGGCCACAAGCUGCUUGCAAUGUUUUGGUUACUCUGGCAAAGCGAAGUCAAUUCGUUGGGCACGUAAUGGAGGCAUUACUUCAGAAAUUCCCACCAGGCCAAACUUCUUCGCCUCAUCGAUACAUCAUUUUGACAUUAGCAAAUGUUGCUGAGCAUAAUGCAAUUGGAUUUGUGCCAUUUCUGACGGAUAUUCUAUCACGUGUGAUUUCGGUUUUACCUCACAUAAAAACGGAUAUCUACCGAUACGCUUGGGCACAUGCUUUGCGGUCAUUUUGUGAAUCAGUUCGUGAAUAUAUUUCUGCUUCAACUGUUACAAAAACUGAAUGUGACGUUAACGGUUGCAAUGGUGAUUAUGCUAAAAAUGAGCGGACAACUAGAAGUCAAACUUGUGGUGAGCCAAAAAUUGUACAGAAAAAUUAUGUUGAUCAAAUGGAACUGGCUUAUGAACCAGUAUUUAGUUGGUUAAGUGCUAAAGACGUUAAGGUUCGAGCGGAAGCUGCUAAUUGCAUAGGAGAAUUAUGCCUUAUGAUUUCGCCAAAACGUUUAGUAGAUGAAAUGAGAAGGCUAAUACCAAUAUUAUUGAACCUACAUCGAAAGAUUAAUACUGAUCAGCAUCUUGUAACACAGGGUUUGUGUCGUUUUCUGGAAUCGGCAUGCGCUGAUGAAAACUGUCCGUUAGAUGCAUAUUUGGAAGAUAUUUUGAAUGCGUUAUUCCCGUUGGUAUAUUCUGUUGCUGAGCAAACUGUCGCUUCAAACAUUUCAAUGCGUAAUCAAAGCGAAGCAUUUCGUUGCUUUCAUGUUGCUGCAACACGUUUUGCCGAUAAAAUAGUGUAUUAUUUAUUGCAUAAAAUGCAAAAUGUACAAGAUAGUUCAAAAUUGGGUGCUAUCAAUGUUCUAAGGCAUCUUCUCAAUUCAGCUGGACCAUAUGUGGAAGACAAACGUUCAUUGGUAAUUCUUGGUUUAAAACCAAUGUUACUUGCUGGUAGUGAAGGACUGUUAACUAUUCGAGUCAAAAAGGCAAUGUGCCAAUUAUGUGUGGCAUUAGCUGAUCAUGAAUAUAUAGAUGUGGAAGGUGGUAAUAAUGUAAUUAUAUUCUUGGUGAAAAAUCUUAUUGUUCAAGAGGGUGAAACGGCAAAGAAAGCAUUCUUCUCGUCAGAAAUAGAUGCAGCAGAUAGUGCAGCACAUUUGCGUGCACAGUGUGGACAAGCUUUGCAAACAAUAGCAAAAACAUCUUCAACUGCGCAUAGUUUGCUUUGGCCAUAUCUAUUCGAAUUCAUUUGUGCCCAAGAAUAUAAUAUAGCAUUGACGGAUAUCUUCAAAUGUAUUAGGAUUCUUGCUGAACGGACAAUGAAAGCAGAAGAAAAAUUGGAUUUCGAGAAAGGUUUUGAUAGCCCGCAUGUUGCCGGGAAUCUUCAAGUAUUUUCACGACUUAUAACGUGUACGAAUAAUGCACCACUUAAUUUGUUACUUUCAAAACGAGCAACAGAAGCUUUACGAUUAUUAAGUGUUCUGACACCAUGGUUUCAUAAUUCAUUGCGUAAUGUUUUACCAAAGCGUUGCGGUGAACUGCUUGUUACAUUAAAAAGUUUAUCACCACCGCUGAAUAGUACAAUGGAAGGUGGUAAUAGCGCAGUUUGCGAGCUUCGUCUUGCACGUAUUGCACGAUGGCAUGCACAUAUACUUGAUUUAUUAGAUCUUUGUGUGAGAAAUGUGAACGAUGGUGAAUGGCGAUGUGCAUUUGCAGCUGCUAUGGGAAAACAAUUCAAUUUGUAUAGUGAUGCACCUGAAGAAAAAGCAUUUCUAAUGCGUUGUCUCGGUGGUGCUUUGGCAUUGUCAACAAAUACCAGUUUUGUUGUUGAUCAUCUGAUUUUGCUAUUCCGUUCAACAGUGCAUGGACAACAAGCUGAACGCACAGGUUGCGCUCAAGCGAUUGGUUACUGUGCAACUACACAUACCGAUUUGGUGCUUACAGAAUUGGAAAAUAUUGCCAAGUGGGAGAAUUUAAAAAAAAGUUCCGGAUUAUUUGGAUUUAUUAAGGAUGCUAUGCCGUACAAACAAUACAGUGAUCAAGAAAUGGUUAAUUUGCGUGCUACCAUUAUGCUUAGCUACGGUUACGUAGUUUAUUAUUGUCCAACAGAUGUAGUCACACAAAGACUGGAGCAAACUGUACUUGUAUUUUUACGACGAUAUUUGGAAAAUCCAAAGCAAGAAGUAGUUGUUAGAGAAGCGUUAUUGGAAACGAUAUAUUUGAUUGCGGUUUCGGUGAGUUCGACUCAUCUCAUAACCGAAUAUCAUUUGGAAUGUCGUACAGAGCUAUUGAAUCAUAUUAAAGACUACAUUGAGUCUGAAUCACCAGAAACUUUAUCGAAUUCAAUAACGUUACUUGCGGGUAAAGCAGUUGCUGCUUUGGUCUCGUUGGAACCAGCUAUAUCUGAUGAUGACAUCUGGCAAAUUGGUUAUGUAUUAACAAAUCAUACGUUACCUUUGUGCCGUGAACGAAGUGGCUUAAAAACUAUUGACGAUGAUGAAAGUUCAACAAUGAUGGAAGCCACAGUAAAUCAAUACCAUGCUGCAGUUGAGCAAAUAAUUAAGAAAAAAGCUGUCGUUGGAACCGUUACACAUUUGUUAAAACUUUUCCAACCAUAUUAUGCUUCUACCGCUGGUCAUGAACGCUUGCGGGCAGUGGAUGCUACAUUACGUGUACUUACGGUUUAUUUCGAACAUGCUACAGAUUUUGCACUGGGUCGUGCAAGUGAGUUUGGUCCGAUGUCAUCAUUGUUAGCUCGAUUAGUUCCACGAAUUGCUGAUUCAUUAUGUGCUGUUCGUCAUGCUGCAUUGCGCACUGUUUAUUGGACAUUUCGAUUAGCUCAUGUUUAUAAAGGUCUUGCCCGAGAUAGCGUCGAUGGUACUUUAUUUGAUCCAACUUCAUUUAUCAAUGAAUACCUUGGUGAUGAGGGCAAACUUGAAGGAAUGCUUUCACGGAAAGCUGUCAAAGUUAUGGCUGAUUUUACUGACAGUCGUCUACCACAAUCCCAAAUACAGACAUACGUGUCGGGUUUGUUUAGCAUGCUAAGUGAUCGCCAAAGUCAGGUCAGUUCAGCAGCUGCUCAAUUACUUACCAGUUUGCUUACACAUCGAGGUGAUACUUUGUCAGCUGAGGCUGAUACGCUGGUCACAACAUUAUUAAAUAAAUUGCCGGAUAUACAUGCAUGCGUUCAAACGUACACCGAUUUAUUAGCUGCUUUAAUAGCAUUUGCGCAUCAUCAACUUUAUGCUUGUAUUGAUGUUAUGCUGGUUAGGCCAUUACCCUACUCUGUAUCGAUGAUUGAUGCAUGGCAUACAAUGUCGCAUGAUCAUUCUCUCUUCCCAUUGAUUGCUGAUUAUUUAUUGGAGUUGAUAACGACUGGAUGUGGUUCAUCGGAAACACCAGAAGUACCAUUCGAAAUUCUGGAUACCGGUGCCGGAUCAUCAGUGAAGAUUGUAAAACCUGAAGUUUGUACAUUAGCAGCAGCUAUUACAGAAAUUAUUAGGGCUGGUGAGCCAGAAAUGGAGUUAUGCAAGCGAAUUCCAAAUAUUUUAGCAGCACUUUUGCAGUUUCUUGCAGCUGUUGUUGAUACUCAGUAUCCAGUACUGAUGAAAGAAAAAGAUGGUGUAAAAUCAUUGAUUAUCACUCCGGAAUUACGUCGUUUAUCAUCUACACCAGCUGCUUUAGCAUCUCAGGCUUUGCGUAGUUUAUUCCUUCGAACACUUGAUGAUGCUAUUGUUGAAAAGAUGAAUUCAGAACGUGCAUGGAGUGAUUGUGUCGAUACGUUGCACUUUACAAAUGGGAUAGCAGUUCUAGCUCGUUCAUUAAGUGACCAUCGUCCUGAAUGGAUACGACCACUUGUAACAUUGAUGAUACCUCGUAUGCAAUCUGCAAAUGAUGCAUAUCGUAUUGCUGCUGCUGCUGUUUUGUCUGCUUUAACUAAACGAUGUCCAGAUGAAGAAGGCGAAGAUGAUAACAAGCUUCUUGAGUCACUAAUUAUGAAUUUGAUGAAAGCAUUGGAAGAUCGUAAUUUAAAGAUUCGAAAAUUAGCUGUGCGUGGACUUGGUGAUUUGGCUUGCUGCAGUGAUUCAAUUUUAAACAAAUAUUCAUCAGAUGCGAUACAAGCUGCAAUGGCCGGGUUAGAUGACAGUGGUGAUCGUCGUGAUGAAAUUGCAAUGGAGGCAGUUAACGCACUGAAUAAACUUUCAACACGUGUGCCGAAUGCACAUCUGGAGAAUAUACUGCCAAAUGUGUUAUUGAAAUUACGACCAUGUUUUGAAAAAGAAAGUAGUGCGUUACGAGCUGUAUCAUUCAGUUUAUUUGGUGAAUUAGGUCAACGUGUGGGUAACUGUGAUGCAUAUCGGGAACAAUUACUUAUAAAUAUUGUUUCAAUUGUUUUGCAUUUGAAUGAUGAAGAGGAUCAAGUUAAGCAGAUGUGUGCACGAUGCCUUGUAUCGGUGAGUUCGUUGUUAAAUUCCAGUCGUUUGACAAUGUUGGUUGAACGCGACUUGAAAAUCGAUGAGCAAUGCUAUAAUUAUGGUCAAUUUUUGAAAGAAUUUAGUGUAAUAUUAGCUUUUUCAUUUCCUGAUCGUAUCAACUAUUAUGCUUUGAAUUGUAAUAAUUAUUUCAAAAGCACAUCAUCUCGUAUUCGUUCCAAUGCAGCACAUAUGACGGGUUAUUUGUUGGGUGAAUUAACACCAGAAUUACGGAGUACUGUUUCAAAAGAAUUAAUAUUUGCAGGAUUAAUGUUACUACUAAAAGAUCAUGAUAUUGAUGUGCGCUUAUCAACUGCUCGAGCCAUAUCUUGUUUACAUCGUUAUACAUAG